AUGAUGAAUUUUAUGCGAGGAUCCAUGUUACGCCAAGUACAAACUGGCUCUCUCCAAUUCUCUCGACUCGGAGUUCGUAAUGCAGCUACAGCUGCAGCCUCCGUACGCCCUCCUAUCCAAUUGCAUGGUCUUGAUGGUGUCUAUGCUUCUUCCCUUUACACUGCAGCUGUGAAAGAAUCCAAGCUGGACCGUAUUGAAAAAGCUUUGACUACCUUGGGAGCUACCUUUAAGGAACGUCCAGAGCUUUCCCAAUUUAUUUCUAAUCCCUCUAUUAACUAUGAGGAUAAGAAGCUGAUUGUCUCUUCCUUAAACAAGAUGACUGGCGGUGAUGCCUUAUUGGGUAACUUCUUCAACAUCUUGUCCGUGAACAAUCGUUUGGCAUUGCUUUCUCGCAUCCAAAAUCAAUUCGAAAAGAUUAUGCGUGUUCAGCGUGGUGAAGUUGAGGUCACCAUUACUUCCGCUGCUCCUUUGGACUCUAAGACUUUAUCCCGUUUGGAAUCCAAGAUUGCAAAGUCCAAGUAUGGCAAGGGUAAGCUCUUGGUUAAAAACAAGGUUUCUCCUUCUAUUCUCGGUGGUCUAAUUAUGGAAAUCGGAGACAACAUCCUCGACGUGAGUGUUUCUUCUCGCGUCAACCAUUUGAACCAACUGAUGACAGAUGCUAUUUAA